CUUUAGUACGGAUACUAAACAUCUAGCCCUCAGAUAUUUCCAUCCUCCUCUAAGAAACCAUGGGGCCUUCGUAGUUGAGUUCCGAAUAGCUUCCUUUAGCACUUCCUCGCAGGGACAGCAGGCUCCGCGGUUCAGUCUCGUCCAACAGAGCCUAGUUAAUCUGUGGUUAUCUGUACCUUCAGGGUACACUCGAAUAAAUUCUUCAAAAUCGAUAGCAAGAUUCGUUGAAAGAAGAACUCACAACUCCUUGGUUGAGGGAUUACCAUGCCUUGCGGGGUUUCCGGUUUCGCAUCACGGGGAGGGAUUACAAACAUUUCGGAUGAACUCGCACUUCACCGGCGUUAGGGCGAGUACGAUUCAUCCAGUUCAUAAGCCUUAUAAAUCUCUAUUCCAUCAUCUAUACUCUGGAGGUCAUUAUUAGAAUCAACACUUUUAUCAAUAACUACAGACAUCAUGGCGGCCCAAGGAGAAUCAUACUACCCCGUAUUUCCCCCUGCCACCAAACUUCACAUCUCUACAGGACUCUCCUUUCCAGAAGCUUGCGCGCACCAUAUUACAAAUACGUUCCAUGAAUCCAAAGUCUAUGUAAUUGUCUCUGGAUCUAUCAGCAAGACAGAUAAUUUUACUCGGCUACAAAAGGCCCUCGGGGACAAAAUUGUGGGAGUGAGAAAGGGAAUAAAACCACACACGCCAUGGGACGACAUUGUGGAUAUCGUAAAAGAUAUGGAAAAGAAAGGGGUUGAUCUGAUUAUUACACUUGGGGCGGGGUCUUUGACAGAUGGUGCCAAAAUCAUAAAAUAUGCACUGGCAAACAACGUCUCGAGUCUAGAUGACCUUGCAAGACUAGCAUCCGAAGCCAAAACAGAAGGUCUCAAACCACCUCAGCUUCCAGUAAUCAACAUUCCAACAUCUCUCUCAGGUGGAGAAUACUCAAUCAUAGCUGGGGGAACCGAUACCCGAAACAACCACAAAGUUCUCUUCACCCACCCAGAUAUAGGAGCAGACAUCGUCAUUCUAGAUCCAGCCCUGAGUAUCUCGACACCAGAGAGGAUAUGGCUAUCUACUGGGGUUCGGGGCAUUGAUCAUUGCGUUGAAGGUCUUUGUUCAUUGGUCAAACCUGGAGCAGAACGCGAUGAAGGUUUUGCGAAGGGUCUGAAGCUUCUUGUACCCAGCUUGCUUAUCACGAAGAAAGACUGGAAGAACGAGGAUGCAAGAUUGAAAGAGAUGCUAGGUGUGGUCGAGUCAAUGAAAGGCAUGAGCCAAGGAAUACCAAUGGGAGGUUCGCAUGGCAUCGGACAUCAGCUAGGACCGUUGGGUGUUGGUCAUGGAGAGACUAGUUGCGUCAUGCUACCGGCGAUCUUGAAGUAUAACUUCAAAUACGGUGACGAGAAAGUUCGAAAACCACAACAGAAAGUUCUGGACCUUCUUUGGGCAGAGGAGACUGUGGCAGAAGUAUUGAAAAAGAGAGGAUUGACAGAGGAGGGAUCUGAUGCCGGUGACGUGGUGGGUGCAAUCAUUUCUGAGCUCGGAAUGCCGAGGACAUUGAAAGAUGUUGGCGUGGGAAGGAAUCAGCUCGAUGCUCUGGCCGAAAAUUGUUUGAAAGAUGUAUGGUUAAAGGUGAAUCCCGUGCCACUGAUAAGAAAAGAGCAAGUGCUCGAGGUUUUGGAGAUGGUAGUUGGAGAUACGAAGAGCAAUCUGUAAGGGAAGGAGCAAUUCGUGGUACGAGAUGAGGUACUAGGUUGAGAUCCGAAUGCCUCACUUCAACUUUUGUGUUUAGAUAAAAUUAGUCAAUUUCACAGAACAUCUCCAUUAGGCUGGA